AUGAAUGCUCUGCGUACGCUUGGAUGUCGUUCCAUCUUCAGUCGUCUUCCGUUAGCUGCUUCGAGGUAGGCAACAAAUUUUUUCUACUUUGAACGACGCAGCUCAAGAAUAUUCGGUUUCAGCACAGAGUCGCCCCAGGCCACUGACAAUAAACCCGAACAGCCAGUUCCUCCUAAGCCAGACAUCGAAGCCCUCUUAGCAGAGAACAAGAAAGCCAUAGAAGCAAAAAAUGAAUUUGAAGAUAAAUAUAAGAGAGCACUUGCUGAAGCGGAAAAUGUGCGGAAACGCAUGCUACGACAAGUUGAGGAGGCAAAGCUCUUUGGGAUUCAGUCGUUCUGCAAGGAUUUACUGGAAGUUGCCGAUAUCUUAUCCAAAGCCACAGAAAGUGCCCCGGAAGAUCAGCUUAAGCCUAACGUAAACCCGCACUUUUUCCAACUUCACGAGGGUCUAAGAAUGACAAACGCACAAUUGCUAAAGGUUAGUUUGUGUGUAGUCGUGCCUCAUUUAUGUGAUAAUACUUCGGUGUGUAUUGCAGCCAUUGGUGCACCCGUCAGUAUUUAUCGGCAUGCAAAACCCUGGAUAUCUUGUUUCGUCGCGAUUCAGGGCUUUAGCUGUGUACGCGCAUCGCUCUCGUCAUGCGUUUGGCAGCCGGUUGUAGUUUUUCGGACACGUAUGCGUUUUCAUAUUUCUAAAGCACAUGCAAACUGCUUAUAUCUCACAUGCGGUCGAUCAUGGGCUUCAGGCACUUCUAAACCUUUAACGUCAUGCUGUCUUUCUUGUUAAAGCCUUUACCUUUAUUCUCAUGCGCGUGACCUGCCUGGCGUCCCGGCUCGGGAGUUCUGCAAACAAACGCGCUGCUUUAGUGUCACUUGGAUUAGUUCAUGUAGUCGUUGUGUACUUCCCUUCAGGCUUCAGAUGAGAGUAACGCACAUCGUCUCCUUUUGAACGCCAUGGCGUCCUUGUCGAAUAAGGACUUCAAUUGGAAUUCCUGGCGGCACGAAGCCACCCCAUGAGGCAUCCGAGCCAUUAGGGUUUUGCGCUAGAAUAACCAUUUUCUGCCGGUCGCGGUUAACACCGCCAUUCAGCACUUGAGUAGUAUCCCUAGUUUCCCACCGUGCGUCUGUUCUUUGGCAGAAAUCACAGACCCCUACCAGUAUACACGUCAUGUGUCCCUUCCGGCCGCCGUGACCAUGAAUUAUGAUUAAUUUGUCGACCACUGACGUUAAUAGGCCAUCUCUGUUAACAAGGCAUCUUCACCGUGCAAACCUACCUUGCCUUUAGACAGGGCUGGGGGCAUCACCGUCCUUGUCAUUGGGAUCGUGCAUAUUUAUUAGGUACAUUUGGUCAAACCCAAUAACGGACGUAUCAAGCCUCUGUGAAACAUUUCGUCAAGCAACCCGUCUCCGUCCGCUUACCGUUGAUUGCUUCUGGCUAUAGUCGUCACUCCCUGUCCUCCUGUACGAAGACACCAGCCGUGCUGCAGACUGUUUCAAAGGGUAUCUGCGACAAUUUGCACACGUUCUUUGACGCUCAUCCACGGUUUUAGGGCUGUUACCCUAAAUCGAAGGCUCCGGCCCUGCACAACAACCGAGCCACCGUCGUAGAAGUUGUUUAGACAGUUCUUGGGUGUAUGAUAUUUGGUCUUCGCCGCCCCAGGCGAGUUCAUCUGAUCGGCUACUGCAAAUCAUCGCGCAGGGGCAUUAUUUAUAAAACACCGGAAGCAAAACAGGCCGAGAAUCGAUUGAAGCCUGGGCCUCGGAUGAUAAUUCAGUCGAUCGAUUUAUCGACCUGGCGCCGGCAUGCAGAGCCCUGCGCGGUCGCCUCCAGUUUCGCACCGUCGCUCGAUGAUUGGCCUACACACCCUGUACCUGUCGCUCGUUCUGUUGCUGCUUCUAUCUCUGACAAUGGACUUCUGCACGAGUUCGAAAGCUCAAAACAAUAAACAAAAUGUUCCGAUGCUCGACCCCUCUUCUUCCUCACUUAGACAUUAUUUAUGCCGAACAGUCCACGUGUAGCGUUACUUAGCCCAGACCCUGUCCUGUUUGAUCAUGUAACCUUUGACGAUCGUUCGGCGCUCACAGGCAGGGGCGAUGCAGUGCUAGUCAUAGGGUUGGUUUUCAGCCAUGUCAUCCUGUUCGGAAUUUAAGCUUUAUAUUCGUUUAGCACUGCCCUGGACUUUGUAUUACCCUUGAAUCUAUAGUCUUCGACAUUAGUCUGCCAAACACCAAGAUGUUAUCAGGCACACCGCGCCUUAAUGGAGGGGGAUAGCUGUCUGGCGUGAGUACCGUGUCAAUAUUUUUCGGCGCGCGCAGAUGUUAAAAUGCCUCCGUUCAUCGAAGUCUGCGGGUGCCUGCCUUGGGAAUUGCCUCCGCGUAUUUGCUUCCAAUUUAUGUCUUGGUUCUCGGUUGGAUUCACUUUCCGUUAUUCGGAGUGAUCAGCAAUGUUACGUGUGAGGCGGCCCGCAUCGGCUCCCAUGGUAGUCGGUGCAGGCCUCAGGACCAAUAAGCAUGUUUUCCUUCGAGGGCGGACAAGGCCGUCUUGCUAGUCUUCCCGUUGAUUACCCAGCGUGUUCAUGAAUAGCUGGUACGGCAAUGAUCUCUCGUGUAAAUUAAUUAUUACGUAGAAAGGCUUUCAAUUAGGAUGAGUAAGCACUGACGCACCAGCAGUGGCAAUGGCAGCAAGAUGUGGGAGGCAGGCAGCCGCUCCGUUAAAUGCCAGUCAGUCUGAUGAGGGCACUGGCGACCAUAAAUCGCCAUUGGACAAAUUCACCCUACUUCUGACGUCUUGAGGACUUGACCUCUUUUUAAAAAGCACAUUGACGACAGUGAAAUCCACACUAAACCCUGGAAUUUCUAUUUUGGCUCCUAAACCGCUAAUCUUGACCAAUGCCACGACGUCCACGACAACCAGCGCGCCCGGACCUCUGCUAUUAAUUUUACAAGCUGACCUACUUGGAAGGCGGAGCCGCACAUCGCAUUCUAAAAUACAAGAAGUCUUGAUCCGUCAGCCUUCGACCCCAUCAUGCUAUCGUUGGCGCAGUACGGUAUGGACGCGCUUGCUAGAGCACUGCUCGCGAAGCUUCCAAUACUACAGUGGUGUCACGGGCUACUACGGUUGAUAUGACAUUGUGGUCGUUCUGAGUGGUCGGGCCAAAGCUCCCUAUAUUCGCUGAGGCUCGAUGUUGCUCAGGAAUACAUACGUGUUUGCGGCGAAUUUAAAUGCCAGGAGACCAACGUGUGAUACAUUUACUAGACGAUUCCGUGACCACUACGCAGUGGUAAACUGUUGUGCGAAUGAGGGGUGCUUGGCAGUUCCUCCAUUGUGCACUGGUACCCUAGUAGACAUAUAAUCACCUGGUGCCCUAUUGAUAGCCGCACUCGCAGCACAGCAUCAGCAGCUGUUGCCGAUAGCAUAAAACAAGACCAACUGGUCUGUCCUGCCGUGGACUGUUGACUAAGUAACCCACCUUUUUAAUAAGAUAGGUGCAAAUCGUAUGUAAUUGUUUUCGCUUUCGCCAAAUGUUUACUAAUGUGGUACCUCGAGUCAAACGCGCCCGCAUGCUUCUAAGUCUGGCAGAGCGCCCUACCUGCCUCGAUUCAGAUUCCCCAACGAUGCCGAUAGAUGGUCAUUGUUGUUCUGUUUUGGUGCACAACCAGUUACUCCCAGCCAGCGGACGUUUCGUUCGAGACUCCAUCCUAGUGCAUUUAGAUUUUACUUUUCGGCCCACAUCCAGUCCUGGUAUUCAUAGUCCACUUUUCUGCUCCAAGGUUUUCGGGAAGCACCACCUGCACAAGAUCGCUCCUGCAGUCGGGGACAAGUUCGACCCAAACCUCCAUGAGGCCGUUUUCACGGUCCCCAUCGAGGGAGAAAAUCAACCCAAUACCAUCGCCAGCGUCACAAAAGUGGGCUUCCGCCUGCAAGACCGAACUCUGCGGCCAGCUUUUGUGGGUGUGUUCGUGACCUCAACCUAA